GUGCAUGAAUGUAUUGUAUGGGUUCGUGUAACAGAGGCGUGAUGUUCAGUCCGCCGCUUCACAGGCAGAGACAUCAAUUUGUCGUUGAUUUUGUCAGAAGGAACAAACCCCGAAAGGUGGCGGACUUGGGGUGCGGUGAGUGCAGCCUUCUCAAAAAACUGAAGUUUCACCGUGAAAUUGAACUGCUGGUUGGGGUGGACAUCAACGGUGCCAGAGUCAAGAAAAAGAUGCAUGGAUUAGCUCCUAUACCAACCGACUAUCUGCAGCCAAGUUAUGAUCAGCUGUGUGUUGAGCUGUACCAGGGCUCGGUCACACAAAAAGACGUCCGCCUCAGAGGAUUUGAUCUGGUGACCAGUAUAGAGCUCAUAGAGCACCUCACUCCUGUUGAUGUGGAGCGCUUCUCUGAGGUGGUGUUUGGUUACAUGACCCCAGUGGCGGUUGUUAUCAGCACCCCAAACUCCGAGUUCAACCCCCUUUUCCCUGGACUGGCAGGUUUCAGGCACAGUGACCAUAAGUUUGAGUGGACCAGAACAGAGUUUCAGUCUUGGGCUCUCAAGGUUUGUCUGGACUUCGGGUAUGAAGUGGAGUUCACUGGUGUCGGAAAAGCACCUCCAGGCCAGCAGGAGAGAGUUGGCUUCUGCUCUCAGAUUGGUGUGUUUCAGCGGCUCGGAGGAAGAGAUGGCCUCAACACGUUUGGUGACGAUGGGGAUGAUGUGUUCUCAUACACACUGCUGUAUAGUAUAAACUACCCCAGCCUGCGUGACAACAACAUCUUGCGAAGGGUCCUGGUGAGUGAGGUGGUGUUCUGGGCAGAAAAGCUGAAGAAAAGGUGUCUGGAGAAGACUGGCGAGAGGGAUGACACUCGCAGGCUGUGCCUGACGGAGGGAGGAAUGAACGAAUGUCUCAGCAUGUCAGAACGACGCAUGGAGAUGGAAGAGAAACUGACAGCAGCAGGUGCAUCAGAGAUGAAAAAUCCAUUGGAGCAGUUGGGCGGUGGCGUGCCAGAGGAUGUAGAGGUGUUUUGGACAAACGGCAGAGGACAACAGGAUUCUUGCAGACUGCACAGGUGUGUGUCUGUACCUCUGGCUGUGCUGUGGUCCUGUUCACCCAAAAUCAGUGCCCUGAGCGGGACUCUUGGUAAUCUCAGAUGUGUACUGAUGGAGGAAUCAGAAGUUAAACUGAGCCAGGAUGGCUCUGCUGUGCUUGUACAGGAGCAAGACCUUGAAGAAGAGGAGGAUCAUAAUGAUUUGGAGGACAGCGUGUAUGUAGAGGCCAGCCAGUGCUCACGUGGUGCUGAGCAAGAGGAAGACUGGGUAUCAGUUGCUUGAUCUGGAAGAUAACAGCCUUGUUGGGACAAGUAGGUUACUUUUUCAAACUUCAGUGGAAUUCAUGAGUGAGCAAAUGGUUUCCCUUGGUGACUACUGGUCAUUGAGGGUUUGGUUUUUUGGAUUUGUUAGAUUGCUUGUUUGGACUGGAGUUUGUGUUUUGAAUAUUUAAGAAAUGUCUGAAGGCAGGUCAGUGAAAAUAAAAUCAGCUGGCCUUUAAAA